AUCGGAUACUAACUAAUCCCCUUGAAUCCUCUGUUUUAUUGUCUACCAAAAUAAGCUGUUAAUGCGCAGAAUACUAGUCUUUUUUAUUCAUCCUGCAUCUCUUCCCUGUCCAUAGAGCAGCUAAAGCUCAAUAAUAUCGCCUCUGCAAACCCGCCAUGUCUGCCUCUCUUCCCAGUAAUAUUCGGGUUUCUCGUCAUCCAUGCCUGAGAGCCAAGCUCUCCCAACUUCGAUCCACCAAGACCACAGCUAGAGAGACAAAUUUCCUCGUUAGGGAGAUUUCAACAAUAUUGGGCUGCGAAGCCCUUGCUAACAGUCUAGAAGCUACAGCAGAUGGCACGGAAACCACUCCUCUCGGAUAUAAUUACGCCGCUGAAAUAAUCCACCCGAGCAAAAUCGCCCUCAUCCCGAUCCUACGAUCCGGUCUGGGAAUGCUUCAAGCCAUCCAGGACCUCCUCCCUCACCCCGUCCCCAUCCACCAUCUCGGCCUCUUCCGCGAACCCAUUACCCUCCACCCGGUAGAGUACUACAACAACCUCCCGUUCCACCGCACCACUUCAGGCGCCGAUACUAGCGAAUCAGCGGCUGAUCUGGCCAUCCUGCUAGACCCCGUCGUCGCCACCGGCGGGACCGCAGCAGCCGCCAUCCAGACCUUGAGGGAAUGGGGCGUGAAGAAGGUGAUUCUUCUUAGCGUCUUGGGGAGCCACGAUGGCCUGGUCAGGGCGGCGAAUGAAUGGCGAGACGGCGUGGAGGUGUGGGUCGGGGGUGUGGAUCAGGAGGUUGAUGGGAGAGGUAUGAUUGUGCCUGGUCUAGGUGAUAUAGGAGAUCGUUUGUUUUUGGCGCAGGGGAAGUAGCUAGUCGGUUUGUUUUGAACUGUUGAGUUCACCUCAGAGCAGGCCUUUUUCGGGGUUGACCGGGACUCGGACACUUUCGUAUGAUACAUAGUACUUCAUUACGUCUGUUGAUGCUGCGGGCUAUGUAGCGACGGGAAUAGGAGAGGUCGUGAAAUAGCCUUUCUAGCAGUGAUUUCGAUCCAAUUCCACAUGGUUACGCUGAGAG